UCGUCACACUCUCGCACGCUCGCACUCCCCCACCCAAUCCACAGAGCGCAGCGGCGGCAUGGCGUCCCCUUCCUCCCUCCUCUCAUGGCCUCACCGCGCAAUCUCCCUCUCCUUCCAACCCAAGAACCCAUCUUCCUCCCCGGCCACCGCUCGCGUCUCCGUCCAGGACCCGCCUCCCCAGGACCCGCCGCCUCCUUCCGACGCCAACCCGAGUCUGAGGAGGUCCAGCAAUACGAGGUACCUCUGGGUCAACCCCAACAGCCCGCGCGCCGCCGACCUCGCCCGCGCGCGUGCGGGGUCGAGCCGACGCGCCCGCCUCGCCGCCACCGCGGCCGCGCUUGGCGCCUGCGAGCCCCCGCAGGAGGCGCCCAUCGCCGCCGCGCUAGAGGCCGCCUUCCCCGAACCCCCGUCCGAGCAGGACGCUGUCAUCGUGCUCAACACGACCGCCGCCCAGCCGGCCGCCGUCGUGCUCGCGCUGCGGUGGUUCCUCCGGAACGCCGAGGUCCGCAAGAAGGUCAUCCUCUACAACGUCGUGCUCAAGGGCAUGCGCAAGAGGCGGCGAUGGGGCGACGCCGAGGCGCUCUGGGAGGAGAUGCUGCGCGAGGGCGUGCAGCCGGACAACGCCACCUUCUCGACCGUCAUCGGCUGCGCGCGCGCCUGUGGCCUGCCCGGCAAGGCCGUGGAGUGGUUCGAGAGAAUGCCGGACUUCGGGUGCUCGCCGGACAUGCUGACCUACUCGGUGGUGAUCGACGCGUACGGGCGCGCCGGGGACGCCGAGGCGGCGCUCCGCCUGUACGACCGCGCCCGCGCGGAGAAGUGGCAGCUCGACCCCGUCAUAUGCGCCACGGUGAUCAGGGUGCACUCGAACAGCGGCAACUUCGACGGCGCGCUCAACGUGUUCGAGGAAAUGAAGGCGGCCGGCGUCAAGCCGAACAUGGUCGUGUACAACACGGUGCUAGACGCCAUGGGUCGCGCGAUGCGGCCAUGGGUGGUAAAAACCAUACACAGGGAGAUGGUUAGCCAGGAGGUGCUGCCCAGCAAGGCGACGUACAGCUGCCUCCUCCAGGCGUACGCCAGGGCGCGCUACGGCGAGGACGCCAUGGCCGUGUACCGGACGAUGAAGGACGAGGUGGCGGACAUCGACGUCGUGCUGUACAACAUGCUCCUAUCGAUGUGCGCCGACAUUGGGUACGUCGAGGAGGCCGAGGAGAUCUUCAGGGACAUGAAGGCGUCCAUGGAUGCCCGGUCCAAGCCUGAUAGCUGGAGCUACUCAUCAAUGGUGACGCUCUACUCGUGCACCGGCGACGUCGUCGGUGCCGAGGGCAUCCUGAAUGAGAUGGUGGAGGCCGGCUUCAAGCCCAACAUCUUCAUCCUCACCUCGCUCAUCCGGUGCUACGGCAAAGCGGGCCGCACCGACGACGUGGUCAGGUCGUUCGCCAUGCUCGGCGACCUCGGCAUCACCCCCGACGACCGGUUCUGCGGCUGCCUCCUCACCGUGGCGGCGGGCACGCCGGUGGAGGAGCUGGACAAGGUGAUCGGCUGCAUCGACAGGAGCAACGCCCAGCUGGGCGCCGUGGUGAGGCUCCUGGCGGACCGCGCCGCGCCCAGCGGCGAGCCCCUCAGGGACGCCGCCGGCGAGCUGCUGGGCGGCGCGCGCGGCGUGGUGAAGAUGCCCUACUGCAACUGCCUGAUGGACCUGGCCGUGAACCUGGGCCAGAUGGAGAAGGCCUGCGCGCUGCUCGACGUCGCGCUGCGGCUGGGGAUCUACGCCAACGUGCAGACGAGGACGCAGACGCAGUGGUCGCUGCACCUGCGGGGGCUCUCCGUCGGCGCCGCGCUGACGACGCUGCACGUCUGGAUGGGCGACCUGCACGCGGCGCUGCAGGGCGGGGAGGGGCUGCCGCCGCUGCUGGGGAUCCACACGGGGCAGGGGAAGAACACCUACUCCGACAGGGGGCUCGCCGCCGUGUUCGAGGCGCAUCUCAAGGAGCUCGACGCGCCGUUCCACGAGGCGCCCGACAAGGCCGGCUGGUUCCUGACCACCAGCGUCGCCGCCAAGCACUGGCUGGAGACGAAGAAAUCGGCAGAGUUAGUCGCAGCUUAAAAUGCACAAUCUUAGGAGUAAGUACAUAAGAACUUGUUUGGGUUAGUCAGGUGCACUCAGGUUUUCCCUGUGUCACAGAGAUUAGUUAUAAUGGUAGAUGCUCAAUUUAUACUGUUACCUCUGCUUCCAUUGACAGAAGAACAAAAAAAACAUCAAUUCCAAUUCCUCCUCCAAUUCAAAGUAAAAGUUUCUGUUAAAAUUAAGUUUGUCGAGCAUUCAGCAUUCGGCAACACCGAU